AUUAAAUAAUGACUUUACAUUGACACUUACAUUUUCAGUAUGCAAUAUAAAAAAACACUGUUAUUACUUUUGCGAUAUAUUCUAAUUUAUAAACAAUGCAAUUUUUUACUUGUAAAUGGCUUGAUUGGUGCAAAUGUUCGAGAAGCCGAAAUUAAUGAAUUCUCCUCGGCUGUGGCCAUUGUCAAGAUUGUGCCAGAUAACAGUUGGCCAGAAAAUAAUUUUAAAUGUUCGGCAACGCUCAUUAGUUAUAGGGACGUUUUAACGUGUGCGCAUUGCGUUGAAAACGAGGAAGUUGAUCAAGUUAAGGUACUCGUCGGUAUGAAUAAUUUAAGGGACGGUAUAGAACAUCUUCCAUUGUGGUGGGUAACUUACGAUGAAUGGGCUGAACAAAACGGUGUCGCCUCUUUAUUCCCAGUCAAUGACUUGUGUAUUAUACGGCUAGCAAGGAACGUAAGCAUAAAUCAUGCUACACCAUCGAGAAUAGUAAGAAUUUCGAGGGACAGAUUGCAGGGAAGACGAGUCCAUUUGGCCACAUGGGGUACAGUAAUGACAGGUCGAAUUCCCAGGAUGAUGCAAACGGUUUCCUUGAAUAUCUAUUCUAAUCAAGAAUGUUCUAACAGAUAUACUAACAUUACGCAUGAAUUAUAUAGAUUACCUCUUAACUAUUUGUGUACCGCUGCGACUCCAUUUGCAUUAAUAAGUCCAGGUGACAGUGGCGGCGGACUUUAUUUAGAUAGAAAUACUAUAAUUGCAGUGACAAAAUCAGUGUCUCCAAGUUUCAACUUCUAUCAUCAAUUAUCAGUGAAUACACAUACAUUUUUGUAUUUUUAUCGAGAUUUCAUCCGAUUGAUUGUACAACAUUCUAUUUAAAUUACUAAUAUUACGAUAGAAUAGAGAGAGAGAGAGAGAGAGAGAGAGAGAGAGAAAACAUACAUUUAAAAUAUUAGAAAUAGUAAUUAUAGCAUGAAUUCGGUGUAUAACGCGAUUUCUAAAGUCGUAAGCAUCAAUUAAAAAUAUCAAUUAUGUUAAUUAAUUUUACCAUAAUAAUACGAUAUUUUCAUAA